GGCGGCUCCAGAAACCAGCCUCCACCUGCGCUCUCCACCUGCUUGCUACAUCUGCUCUUCGCUCAAACUAGCUUGCAUGGGCCACUGGAGCCACUGUCCAUCUAUCCAACCCAAAAGAUAAGCACCGCCAACCGUAUUUGCUACCUCGCCAACCCACAGCCGAUAUGCCGGCAGAAGACCAGCAAUCCGCCAGUCCUGCUUCGAAAGCCUUUGCAAGCUCUUUGGCCAGAUAUGCUUACGUCGCUUCGUCCUCCUCUGGCACGACCUGGGAAGAUACUUCUGCCCGCUUGAAGCGAUCAGUCCCUGGGAGGCCGCCAAAACACUCAAAUGUUGAAGAGCGAAAAGAGAGGACACCCAAGAGGUCCAUGUCGGCAAGCCCUAGUAAGAAGGCCGUCAAAAAACCAAGGGGGUAUGCAGGCCCGGAAGUUUAUGAGCAUUUGAGGCCAGUGAAUGACUUGCUAUCGGAUGACCUAGACUUGGUAUUUUGUGGAAUCAAGUACGUCGGUCACUGUUGAAUCUUUGCGUCUCUACAGGAUCACUGAUUCAGUAUGUAUCUUUAUACCUGAUAGUCCAGGUAUGCACGUUUCAACUCAAAAUCAGAGUGGCUUGUCAACCGUUUACCCAUUCACAGGCAAACAGUCGGCUUCUUCAGGCCAUCAUUUUGCCCACCCCACCAACAAAUUCUGGGUAAGAACGGGCGUCCAGCGUGGGCUGAGCUUAUCUUUGGAAAUCGGUCAGCGUGCCCUCUAUCAAUCAGGUUCGUGUCUCCGAUACAAGAAGAGACUCUUUUCAAGACUUGUGACAGGUCUUACAUCGAGACUUGUACCUCCCACUGAAGACCAUUUGAUCAUCGACGAGUUCAAUUUUGGCUUGACCAACCUGGUCGAUCGACCCACUUCAGAACAAAGCGAGCUUUCCACCCUCGAAAUGCGCCUCAACACCUACCAACUACUCUUGAAAUUUGUCAGAUAUCAUCCAGGUAUUGUGUGUUUCGUCGGCAAGAAGAUAUGGGACGUGUUUGAAAGCGUGGUGGGAAAGACAGUCUUCUAUGGAGGAGAAGUCGAGACAGUGGUGAAGACUGAGACUGGGAUGUCGCAAGAGGGUACAGAACGAAAGGUCUCCAUUCUGACCCCACAGAAGAGGCCGAAAAUGGAGGCAACAGAUGAUGACUGUGAUAAUGACAUUGCAAUGCCGUCGGAGAUCAUUGCGACACCAAGAAAAGGUCGGUUGAAUAGUGCACUUUCCCCUUCACCUAUCUCGCCUCGAAAGAGGAAGGGCAAAGAAACCAAGAUUCCAUUCAGUUUCUCAAAACCUCAGUCAAUAAGACUGCCUCAUGCUCUCUCGCCUGGCAGGCAGAGAGAGUAUACCUACUUCUUUGUGGUUCCUAGCACGUCCGGUCUGGAAAGGACACCUCUGCCUGAGCAGGUCUCCAAUUUUAGAGCAUUAAAAGAGGCAGUGGAUACCAUCAAGCAGGGGAAAGAGCCAGCAGGCAACUAUCUGGACGUUGACGUCUCGGGGGUCGAGAAGACCGUAGAAGACAUGCGACGCGGAGCUUUGCUCAAAGGGACAGUCUCUUGAGCUCCCUCGCUGUGGAAAGUGAAAUGGAAUCAUG